AUGCUGAUGACUAUUUUCCUUGCUCUUCCCGCUAUCCUCGUCGCCACAGCUACUGCAGACGAUCUUUGCCAGGAUGGCACAGUCCUUCCACCGGCCCCGUACCACCCACCGCGUCCGGUCACACCUGCGCAGCAGAAGGCCAUUUUCAAUCGUUUUGCCGAUGGCUUCCUCCUGUCUGGCACGCCACUGCCGUUCCUCGAGGAUCACCUCGCUGACGACUACAUCCAGCAUAAUCCCGACUUCUUGUCUGGCAAGGCCGCUGUGGUUCAGGGCUUCAGCGGCGACGUCUCGGCUUUUGGGAUGACCUACCCUGCCAACAUUAUCACUCGUGGCUUUGAUGAGGAGAGUGGCCAGGGCUGGAUCCACUACUACUUCACACCUGCGGCUGGCCAGCAACCGAGCGUGGUCGUCGAUAUAUUUCGCAUGAACGGCUCGGCCAUCCAGGAACAUUGGGACGUGAUCCAACAACGCCCAGAGAACGCCACCAACCCGUUGGCCAUGUUCACGCCUCCGAACUAA